AUGCGUCCUCCUCCCUCCCCUUCAAAGAGUAAAGGAGUUGGUUCACCUGGAGACCUGUCUGAGCACGAGGGGAACAGGUGGAGAACGUUUGAUCACGCUCACUUCUUUUUCCGUCAAGUCACGCUUUUUUUUUUUUUUUUAUUUCUUUACGUGGCUCAUCAUGUAAGGACAGCGGUUUGCUUUGAGAUGGACAUGGAUGACCUGGGUAGCCCCCGGUCGUCUUUGCGGACGGAGGCAGCGGUGAACGCGAGCUGCACGGAGGACGCAGGGCACUAUGCGUCCGGACGGGUCCGGCUGGUCCUGGAGAUCCUCAUGGUGCUGAUGUGUUUGGGUGCUGUGACAGGUAAUAUUCUUGUCAUUGUCAUUGUUGCUGCAAACAAGACCUUCCACUCGGUGACAUCAGUGCUGAUCAUGAACCUGGCCAUCAGUGACCUCCUGGUGGGAGUGGGUGUGAUGCCUUUUGUUGCUUUGUCCAUCAUGAACCGUGGCUGGGUCGACUGCAUUCAUCUCUGUUCCUAUGUCGGUUACACCUCCUCUGUGUACUGUACGGCUUCCGUGCUGACAUUAGCUGCCAUUGCCCUCGACCGCUACCACUCCAUCAUCGACUGCCUGCGCUACACCUCCCGCUGCACCUUGUGGCGGACCUGUGCUGUGGUCCUGUGGAUCUGGCUGCAGGCCCUGGCCACCAGCUGCCCUCCCCUGCUCGGCUGGAGCUCCAUCAACUAUGUGGUUCCCAUGUACAGCUGUGCAGUCAACUUGGCCAGCAGUCCCAGCUACACGGCUUUGAUGGCUGCCUUUUCCUACCUCAUACCGGCAGUGGUCAUCCUCUUCUGCUACGUGAACAUUGUCAAGGUGGCCCGCAGCCACGCCAGGAGGAUCCACACAUUGGAGGACUCUGUCCAGCGCAGCAGGAGUCCAAACUCCACCUUCACUCCCCAUGAUUCAUCUCACCAGCACUUUGGGAGCCUCCGCGGCCCCUCAAGACUGAUCUAUCAUGUAAGUGGACAGUUUGUGUCUGAGGUCAGUAGAGAAGAGGGGAGUUAUAUCAGCCCUGCCCUCUCUGAUUCCAGCACAGAGCAGAAUAACCCUACGUCCAGACGUUUGUUCUCCUUCCUGGCUCAGAGUGCCUCCCAGCCACCCCUGCAGAACUCCCAGCAGCACCAUAACCACCAUGGAGUGGUGCGUCUCUUCCUGGUCAUCUCAGCCUUUUUCCUCUGCUGGACACCUUACAUAGGUGUGGCCCUGAUUCAGACUGCAGAAACUGCACUCUCAGGUAAAUCUAGUUUCGUUCCACCCUCUGCUGUCACUUUUUCGUAUUGGCUGGUGUUGCUGAACUCAGACAUCAACCCGUUGCUGUACGCUCUGCUUAGCAAGCGUUUCCAGUGUGCUCUACAUGGACUGAGGCAAAAAAUAAGAGCACGCCUGGGGAGUGUGGUGGGCAGAGGAGGGGACACCAGGACAGAGGGAGAGGACGGCAGGAGCAGUGACCCCUCCACUCUGACUGCCACCCCUCCUGGGCUGCCUUCCAGCUCUGAGACUUCAACCUGUGAUGACAAGUAUCCCUCCUCCAUUUUUACUGUUAGUACUGACUUCAAACAUACUUCAGAGGAGCAUCUAUGCCAAGUGUGUCACCAUGACAAUACCUCACCGUCCUGCUCUGUGUGGCAAGAUGCUGAUGGGUCUACAAGGGUGGACUACCUGCACGUCCCCUCUCGGCCACAGGAGGGCAGCAGACUACCUUUCUCUGCUCUCACCAAUGAGCGUCAGGCUACUUUCUUCUAUGGCCAGAUAACAGUGAGGGUAGAGCAUGAUGUUUGUUAGCAGCCUGAGUUCUGCAGCUGCUGUUGCAAAACAUAUUUGAAAAUAGUUGCUGACUAUUUUUCUUUCGAAUAACUAAUGCAUUAAUCACUCAUUUAGUUGUAAAAAUAAUGUGGCAUAUUCAAAUGCCUUGUAUUGUCUGAUCAGCAUUCUAAAAUAGUCAUCAUAUAGGACAAAGAAAAGCUGCAAAUCUUACUGAAACUAUCAAGAAAUUAUCAAAACAGAUGUGGAUUAAUUUUAUGUUGACUGAUUAAUCAACUAAUUGUUUCAGUUCUAGCUGAGAUCACUUUGUUUAUUUCAAUGUGUCAUGUUGUCUGUGGCCAUUUCCAGUGAUCAGCCAUUACGCAAAGCACAGCAUUACAACACGGAGGAAAAAACAAACCUGGACAAAGAAAUGUAUUGAAAAGAAAUCUUUUAUAUCGUACAUGUGAUUACACUUGAAGACACCCAACAGUAGAUCUAAUAAACCCAUCAUUUAUUCACACUCUAAA